ACCGCACGAAAAUAGUUACGACAUCAACCCUAGAUGACGAUAAGGACAAGUUUAAAUGUAUCAUAUUGUCUGAACAAAGACCAGCGAGUGAGAGAGAGAGAAAGAAAAAAAAGAGCGAGUUGCAGCGGAGAGCCGCUUGGGACGAGAGCGAGAGAGUCCUUGCGGAAUCAGCUGGCUUUCUCACAACACGUCUGGCUUAAGCACACGCCCGACCAGUUGCGCCUCGCCCAAAAUGUUGGCGGAAUUCUCGCGAUUCUGGACAGAAAUUGACUUCUUGGAGCAGUGAGAAUGUCCGGUUAGGUGUACCCUACCGAUGGUUUGAAAAAAAUACGGUGGUGGAUUGCUGAAGAGAGUGGGAAAUAGUCGAAAAAGGGGGAAAAAAAACUUUUCAAAAUGACGCUCUAGCAAAUUCUUUGUUCGGUGCUUCAUCUGGGCGGUUACUCCAGCUCUCCGCGCAGUUACUGAAUUUUUUUCGUCUCUGGUGUAUUUUUAAUCGGCACAUCCAUGAAUUAAAGGCAUUGCAACGUGUGGAGAGGGAGGAAUCUUACUGUGCAACGAAAGGAGGUACGCACAAGCUAAACUGUCCCUCCACGUUUGAGAUGAAUACCACUACACAAGGGUGAUGAGGUCGAGCAGCGUUGAGGAGGUCGGGGGCCAUGGGCCGGGUGACCCCUGGGAGGUGUUCACGGCCCUGGCCAUCCUGGUGGUCGAGGGCAGGACAGCAGGUGGAGAACGAGGGUACCACGCUGGACCACACUGCCCUCUGCCACACCAGUUGCAGCACAAGCACUCAUGUGACCUAAAUGACCGUCUAUGCAUGCAAGCUGAUGCAUUGGUGCGGCAGCUGCGGGUGAUGUGGGGUGUGGGUGUGGGUGUGAGCCUAGAGGUGCUGGUUGCCCCUGAAUGCCAACAUGGAGCAGUUCUUGCCGCUACUCUGGACACUACAACCGCCCCCUCGCAGAACCUACGGCUGAUUGAGCAGUGGAACUUCACCAUCUAUGAUCGCAGGCUUACAGAGGCAACAGCAACUGGUUGGUCAUUGAUGGCUGCCGUCCGGUCCUUCCUGCACUUCUCGCAACUCUCAGCAUGGCUGAGUGUUUCAAGAGGCCGCAGACCCCCCAAUGUCCUAUAUCGCCUCACUGUUACAUCUCCAGUUUUUUGUUCCAAAUUCACAGAAGAAGCAGAAGAGCAUGUUUUCCCUUUGGCAUACAUGGGGCAAAACACAUCCAUUAAGGUGGCAGUGCGAUCUCUUCCUCGUAGUGAGAAGGUGCCUGUUGUAGUCUGCCAUGAGAACCACGAGGAAGAGGACCAGACGGAAGCACUGUCAACAGAAGGAUGUGUAUCCAAUUGCUCACAAAACAGCAAAGCAGAGAAUGGAAAAUGUGAGGAAGAUCUAAGGCGGAGCAUAAUGAAGGCCAGACUGGCAGAAAACACAAGAGUCAGAAGUGAAUCCCCAGACACCCAACUUGGCGAAUCUCUCCUGGACCCCCCAAACUCUCUCACCCGGUUCCCUCGCAGAUACCAAUCCCCUUCCCGGUCUGGUUCCCCAUCACUUGAAACUCCAGAGCACCUGAUAUGCCGUCAACGCUCACCAACAACACUCAACACAAGGCCACCGGAUCCAGCCAUAUCAGUUGCCCCAAAUCUGCCCUCUCACCCAUUUUCCUGGACUCAAGCCCGAUAUCCGAUGACACCCAUGGGCAUUCAUCAUCCUCACCUUGAUGUGUGCUCAGCCAAUCCAGAAGUCAUGCACCUCCAGCAACCACAACAGCAGCAGCAACAGCAUAUGCAACAGAAUCCAUAUGGAAUGGAUUAUGCGGGACCAUACCAGCAGUACAGGAGGCCACAGCUUUUAUACAAUCGUCCACAGAUGUGCUGGUCACAGGUUCAACUGAUGCAGCAACAGCAGAAGCCUCAUCUUCAUCCAAAUCCACAACCAUCACAACCACUAAGUCACAACCCAAGUUAUGUCCAGCAGCAGAAGCCUUCGUCCCGGGUGUCACCUCGAGGGGGGAAGUACCAGCAUUAUCCUGAGUAUCAGAUGCAAGAUUUCUCAGAAUACCACAAGGUUUGUGAGGAAGAGAGGGAACUCCCCAGUGCAUGCCAAGACCAGAGAAUGCAUGGGGAGUAUCCUGAAAGGGACGCAUACUCAGGGAUUAGAACGAGAGGGGAAUACCCUGAAGUUCCUUCUAAACCCUCUGCUUAUAACUGCAGUGAUCACAUAUCUGGGCGAGGAGAGGAUUACAGGCAAACGUGGGAGUGCCAGAAAGAUCAGCAUGGCUGCAGAAAAGCAUCAGAUCCUGUUCCUAGUAGCAGGAGCAGCACACGGGUAAAGCAGAGCCAUUUGAUGUUAGAUGAACAGAUGAAGGGAAUCGAUAGUCUUUCAAAAGUCAUUGAUGAUCAGCUAAGGCCUUGCUGUUCACAUACUGGUAAACAUCUCUGCACAAGCCUGGAAGAUUUAGCUGAUGCCUGUAGUAAAGAAGAACUCAAAAUGCAGCAAAUGCAUUCAAAGGAAUUAAAGCAAGAUCUGAAGAGCAGAAGAGAUGUUAGCCCAAGCCACUUGUUACAAGGCAAGUUUAACUUUGAGCUAACCCCAAAGGAGACCAUGGAAAUCCUUAGUGUCUUGCGGCAGCCAACCCCAGUACCACCACUACGCAUGGAUCGGCAUCACAACACUUCAGAAACUGAAUUCUCGAGAAGCUCCUCAGACUCCAAGAGUCUAAAGUCCUUCCCCAGUGAGAGAAAGUCUGAGAGCCAAAUCUGGGGAGAAAAAAGCAUGCCAGGCAUAUUCUCAAAAGAUGGGGAAAAGAGGACAAGGUACUACAAAGAAGGAAGGUGUGAUACCUCUCCCUGGCAUGAUAGGGAUGAGGUGAUUGAAUACAAGCUGGAGCGAGGCAGCACUGAUGAGGGGAACUUGAAAUUGUGUCGAGAGGGACCAAAAACCUUGUCAUCUUUUGACCACAGUGGACGCAACAUCGAAAGGUGCCAUAAGGAAAAUUGGGCGAGAGGAAACAUGCAGAAGUUAGCCUCUAGUCCAGAGAAUCGGUUUCUUGAAGCCAUAGCUCGUAGUGGUGAAAAACAUUGUGAUAUUCCUAGUUGUAAGAAUUUAGUGGAUAGUUGUGAACCUUAUUGGACCAGAGUUAUUAAUGACAAAAGCAAAGAUAUAUGUGAUAAAAGAGGUGAGAAUAACGACAAUGAAAGUGUUACACAGUUGAAGGAAAAUGAAUGGAAAAACACAUCGCAAAGCCCAUCAAUGUGCAUUGAGGCAAAGAAAGUCACACAGAAGACAAACUUUUUCACUGUAAAUAGUGAACCCACCAAAGCUAUCAACUGCCAGCCACAGAGGCAAACAUCCCAGACUUUGGUAAGAAGCCCUUUCAGUGCAAUUUUAUCCAGUAUCCAAAAAGAGUACAAUCAAGUCCAUGAAGAGGAACAAGUCCCAAAUAAGGAUGCAGGAAGGCCAACUUCAGAUUUUGAGGUUAAAGAGAAAGCAAAAAGGGCAUUAGACUUCGAAGACCUUAAAACUGAAGACCCAGUUCCAGUGACAAAAGCUGACAAGAUCCUCAAGAGAAACCGUCUGCCUUUCCCACAAGAGGCAAAAGAUCAGGUGCCAAGUCAGGAAAAUGGGAACGCGGUGGAACGUGUGCGGGAGACGAGAGAAGGGUUCACAAAGAGUAGGAGUUUGCUGAAGCACCUCAUGACCCAGGGUCGCCAACAUCCUCAGGACAAAUCUCGGGACAUCAAACAACCAAAUGAAGAGGAGCAGAGGGAAGACCUGCAGGACAAGGAGGCAAAGGAUGAAGCAGAAAAUGGUGAAACCCCAGAGACUAAUGGGCAGGUGAACGGCUACCACAGUCAGGAUGAGGACGAGGAGGUCAAGAAGCUGUGCAGUGGCAAGGGAGUCCCCAUUCCAUCCGCAAGCGAGAAGGCCCAGUUCCGGCGGUCGCUGGACUCCGCUACCAACAUGGUGUUUCACUGCAAGACGGGUCUUCCCCUCACCUCCUCCCCAGCCCCUCUGCGCAAGGGAAAGAGGUUCGACUAUGACUCGUCUCUCACCAGUGUUGCAGCCAUUAAGAGAUCGACAUCGUUCCACUGCAGCGCGUUGUAUACCUGUGAUAGUGAAGAGGAAGAGGGCUACUCCCUUGACACCCUGGCCAACGACAAGCUUGGCAAUGCAGCGAAUAAGCCUGUGCAGCUCUCCACAUCGGCUCCAGCUACAGUCACAUGCUCAAACCUCCUGGGUAGCUUCGAAGAGUGUGUCCUGAACGGGCGGCUCGAACCUGUCUCCACCGUGCAGGGCUUCACAGCAGAGAUUGCUGCGUCGGGGGCCUUCUGCCCCAAGCGAACCACCAAGCCUGUCACAGUCUUUUUCUACACCUUGUGUGAUAAUGACCAGAUCUCAUCCCCUUAUAUGGGUCACAUCAACCUAGGCAAGAAGGGUUACCACGUGCCAAACAAAGGAACAGUCCAGGUGACGCUGUUCAAUCCCCAUGGGACCGUUGUGAAGAUGUUUGUGGUCAUGUAUGACCUGUCAGAUAUGCCGCCCAACUCUCGCACGUUUGUCCGUCAGCGCACCCUCAACAUGCCUGUUGGGGCCACUGAUUCCGAUCCCAAUGCUCAUCAGUGGCUUCGUUACCUCAUUCAUCUCAGGUUUGUCAGCUCCAAGUCUGGCAAGAUCUACCUCCACACUGAUAUACGCAUGUUAAUCUUCCGGAAGAGUGAUGCCGAUGCUGCCACCCUGCACAAAACGAGUGUCCCGUAUGAGUUACGUUCCUUCACUCACGGACCAACCAAUCCCAAAUUCUCACCCAGAAAGUAACACUCGAGAACAUUGUCGUGUCAUCAUGCAACUGCACUGCCUCUCCUCCUUUAUAGCGUUCAGAGAUCCUGCCAUCGUUCAGAAAAGGAAGUUUUUCUAUCAUAUAGGCAAAGAUGAUUCAUGUAAAAGAUUUGUAGAGUUGAGAAAACUUCACCCCAGGAGUCAAAACGAAAAUGAGAAGAGUCGAGAUUUAAUGCAAAAGAUUACUUAAGAUUGAAGGAAAAGAGAUUAUGCAGACACAUGUUGGUUUUAAACUUUUCUGAAGGAAGGUAAAGGACUAAAGGAGGAACUGUUAAUAUAAGAUAUAGUUCUAACUUUACAUGUGAUUUGGUGCUCAGCCAAAGUAACAAUAUUUACAUUAUAUAUAAUGCUUCCAGCCUGAAACUAAGAACCUAUUCCACCCACACCCCUGUGUCAAUAUUUCUUGUGGAGUUUUGGCUCCUGCAAAUUUGUUAACUCACCAUCCAUCAGCAUUAGAUGCAAUCUCCAUUCAAACCAUAUCAGAAGAUACAGAUCACAUAAUAUUUUAAAAAGUAAAGGAGAAAGAUUAAAGGGAAAGGAAGUUGUCAGUGUGAUUUAUGUCUAGUAUUAUACUUAAAAGUGUGGUAGAAGCAGAGGUGCAGCAGACACUCCCCUAUUGUCUGCUUUUGUGAUAGAUGUUUCUAUUGAAAGCAAAUGCUGAUCUCAGUAUUGCCUGUGGGAUUCUAUAUGGAAUUUGUUAUUUUCUAUAGUUUCCUGUCUCGUGAUGCAGUAUUGAUUAUGUUUGAGUUUGUCUGUACUCUGAUUUUCAUUAUCAUUUGUGUUUAUGUACAGUUCAAAGGAUUUUUAUUCACUUGCAUGUGGCAGUGAACAUUAUUAGUCAAGUCAUGUGCUUUUUACUGAUUUGGAUAUAACUAUUAAUACAGGUAGUGAAGAUUUCCAUAAUAGCAGGAAAAAAAAAAAUUGGCAGCCUGUAAAUAGCAUGAGUAUCUCUCAUAUAUUUGGAAAUAUAUGUAAUACUACAAUGUAUCAGGCUAUGGAAAAUUUCUUGCCAUACUUCCCAAGAAUGAAUCACUAUUGUUUUCAUAGGAAAAGGUUCUCCAUAUGUAAUCUGUGAUAACAGCAAGCCUGGUACAGCCAUCAAUCAGUAUGACUAUAACAAAGACCUAUAACUGAAGAUGCAAGUUAGUUGUUCUGAGGGAAUGAGAUGAAGGUUUUGAUCAGAAAGGGUUUUCAUGACAGACCUACUAUAACACAUCUCUGCUUGCUAGAGCAUUUCAUAGCUAGCUACAGUGACAGGAUGGUCCCAUAACCCUGUGGGAGUUUUAUAGCUAGGAUGUUUGAGUGGAUCUUCAGUUUAAACUUCAUCAGCCAAAACAGGAUUGAUUCAAACUUAUGCAUUUGUGCAGAUGUGUCUUGUUUCUGUAUAUUUGUUGGAGUAUGUGAGGGUGUGUGUGAAAAAUGUACCUGUAAUAAAAAAGAGUGUAUGGACAUGAAUGGAUUUUUCCAAGUGUAAGUCAGGGUGGAAGAGAGAUUUUGAAUGAAUGACAUGCUAUAUAUAUCCAUUCUCACAAUUGUAAGUUGGCAUAUACAAAAUAUUAGCCUGCAGAAUAUUGAAGCUUCAUGUAAGAGUGCUUAUAUGACAAAAACCCUGAUAGUAUUCUGAAAUGUAUCUGUAUUGUAUAUUUUUAAUGUUACUGUCUUCAGAAUAUAUAAGAAUGUCUUCAGAAUAUAUAAGAAUAUUAAGUGAAUUAUGCUCAUUUUACAUUGUUCAUAUUAUAUUUCUGUAGUGAAGAGAAUCUCUUCCUGAUUGAGACUUCAAAAGUAUAUUUUAUGAAUACUGAAAUCCCUAUAGUCAGAAAAAAAUAGCUCAGACCUGCUUUUAGAUCUUGUAUUUAAAAUGAAUGAAACAGUUUCCAGUCCUGUGAAAACCCAUAGAAUUCAUUUACGCAGAUGUAGAGGGAAGGGAACGUGUAUCUAGAGACAUGAACACACCAGUGGAUGUUGUGAUUUUCCUGCUUUUCCAUUUUCCAUCCAGUUUCAUCUCACUUCGAAUCAUUUGUCCCCUCUCGAGCUCUUCCCUGUCAUGAUACACUUUUCAGGUAAUCUUUAGACCUUGUAAUAAAUAUACCGAUAUGAGCUGCAACUUGAGUGGGCAAUGCUCUCAUCUCAGCAUGUCUCUUUGUCCAGUAGUCUUGAAAAACACGAGUUAAGCGCUGUAUGAAUGUGUAUGUUACAUAAAUGGUAUGUAAUGUACAUUGAAGAGUUGCCUUGUUUUUCUCCUGAAAUUAAAGAAAUGUGUUUUAUAUAAUAAUGCUUUUAAUAGUGUUAAUAAGGAUUUUUUUUUUGUGAUUAUGUUCACCCAAAUUUUGUAAAAUUUUGUUGAACUUGUAACUAUUUGGCCUCUUUUUUUCCAAUAAGAAAAGAUUAUUAAUUCAAUAACGUAUUGGCCAUGUGGAUAUGUGUUUAAGGGGGGAAAAAAGACAUUGACAGAAGGAAAUAUAUUGGUGUAAAGGUAUUGGGAGACAUUUGCUAGUCAUAGAUAGACAUUGAAUUGGUAUUUUUGUAGCAUUGAUUUAAAGUUAUUCAGACAUUGUGGAUCCAUUUAUUAGAAGAUUAUAUAUAGAAAAUAUUUUGCUGCUGUAUCUUAUUUUUUGUUCUUGUUAUUAAACUUUGCAUAUAAUUUUUCAUUUGUUUUGUGUUCUUUACAUUUGGUUUUAGUGAUUGGCAGAAGAUUACAAGGCACAGAGGUUAGACACCACUUUAGCUCUAUAGGGAGAGAGUGAGAAUAAGCUUAAGCAUAAGUGUGACUGUGCAUGUGAUUCAAUAUUUUGUGUUUUAUCUCAUGCAUUAAAACACCUUCGACUGAGAGGUAUUGUAAUUCAGAAUAGAGGGGCUUUAGCUCCUUGGAAACAAAACUUGAUUCAAUCAACAGCUACAGAAAUAGUUAAAUUUGCAUAUACUGAUGAUACAUGAAUAUAUAUAUAUAUAUAUAUAUAUAUAUAUAUAUAUAUAUAUAUAUAUAUAUAUAUAUAUAUAUAUAUAUAUAUAUAUAUAUAUAUAUAUAUAUAUUAGUUGAUACAUGAAUGGAUACAAUAGGCUGACAGCAUUUCCAAAGUAUUUACUUUUGUAUUGGAUAACUAUGCAGGAUUAUUGUUAUCACCCUAUUCUAUUCAUUGUGUUUGUUAAGAGUGAUCCAGGGUUUUGUUUGUUUUUUUCUUUUUGUCUAAAAAUGACAAAAAUCUUAGACAUUCUUUACUUUCCAUAUGAUUAUGUAGCAAAGAUGAACAUAUCGCCAACUAUUAUGCCAACUUUUGAAAGUAAGAAUUAUCACAUAGGAAAUAAUAGUAUAUAUAUAUAUAUUGAAAUACCUCUGUUUUGGAUAUAUAUGUGUAUAUAUACAUGUAUGUUUAUUUCAUUAAGAAAGUAUGUGUGCGUGCAUGUGUACAUAUUUCAGGCAUAUGGGUAAUAAACAUAUAUUUAUAUAUAUUUAUAUAUGUGUUUUUACAGAAGUAUUGGAAUAGUUCAUUUGACUUAUCUCCUAAAGCUCUGUCAGCUUUAGAUAUAGUUGCCUGAUUUUAACUAGUCCAAAUUUCCCAAAGGUAUUGACAGGCAUGAACACCUAAGUCUUUGCUCUAUACUGUUUCAAAAAUGUUGAAUUGUUGAAAGGAGAAUCAAAAAAAAAAAAAAAAAAAAAAAAAAAAUAUCCUCUGUACUUGUAUAUCGGAACCUUUAUAAAGGUAUAAAGUUGGCAGAGCUAUUUAUAUGUUAAAAGAGAUAAAAGAGAAAGAGUAUGAUAGCAGUUAUUAAAAAGAUGUGUAUAUACCUAUAUCUAUGUAUUAAAAAAAAAAGAAAAAUAUUCUCCAUACAAAAAAAAAGGCGAGAACCUUUGCUGACUGUGGAAAAAACAACACUGACUGACUUCAAACAGUCCUAAUUCUAACCCUGACUCAACUGCCUGUCAUGGAGGUUGAGGCCCAGUUAAGAUGAGACAGUUAUUGUGCCUAUUGCCAGGUGGAACUGGCUACUUGAAGUCUCAAAUAGGAACAUCAUCAGGUAUACAAGUAGCUUCCUCCUUGUCUUUCUUCUUCUCAGCUUUAACUUUUGAGUGUAAAUAGUUGUACAAAGUGUGUGUUGAAUAUCAUAGACUAUAUGAUAAUUGUAAGGACUCAUAGAUUGAACAGUGACUUGUCUUAUCUCUUUCAUUUCUUUAUUUUUGUUUGAUUGUUUUUAAAAGUAAUUAAAUUUUAAACAUACAUUUUCCUCAACAUGAUUGUUAAACACGCACACGCACACGCACACGCACACGCACACGCACACGCACACACACACACACACACACACACACACACACACACACACACACACACACACACUCACUCACUCACUUGCAUACUCUUGCACACUCACAUUUUAUCACACACGUUCUUGCAAAUUCUCACCCACUCACUCAUUCACUCACUCACUCACUCACUCACUCACUCACUCACUCACUCACUCUCACACUCUCAUUUCUCACUCUUUCUAAAUAUCACAGUACUUACCUCCAAACACACACAUCUCUACAUUCAUAUAUACAUAUAUAUACCUAUAUAUGUAUACAUAUAUUCCCUAAGUUGUAUUUUUCUUUCCAUAUUUAACUAAUUGUCACUGGGGAGGCCAAGAUACGGUCUCCUAAAGGAAGUCUUUCGCUGUAGUUAUAGGUGAUGAUCCUGCAUUAUCCAGACUCAUAGUGAGUGUGACUGGAAGAUAUUAGUUUUUAUUACAAAGACUUAUAUAAGAGUCUACAUCUAUUUAUAUUAUGGACUUACCUAACUCUGUAUGUAUCUCGAAAUAAAUAUGUAGUAAAAUAU